AAUGUCAUAUGACGUGUUAGAUUAUACCCUUCAAGAUACUAUAAAGCAGCUAACCUGUCUGCUAUACUAACCUAUUUGUUGUUUUUUGUGGAGCUUUUCUUUUCAGCGUCAUUUAAACAUCUGUCAACUGAGAAUCACAAAACAUCAGGUGAAAUGUAUAACGCACAGUCUCCUCAACAGUAUAUAGGAAACCCUGCUUAUCAACCAAACCCUGCCUAUCCACCAGCACCUGGUUUUGUGCCGACUCCUGGUUAUGCACCACCUGCUGUAAUUGCACCAGCACCAACCCCAGCCCCUGCACCAAUGCCGAGUAUAAAUAUCAAUGUCAAUCAAAAUCAAGAUCACGAAACAGGAAAUGCUACAAAGCCUGCACCUACAGGAGUAGUGACAAAUCAACCAAUUGUUGUUGCUCCUCCAAUGGUCUUCAAAGGUACCCCAGUUCAGAUGACGUGCCCUUCUUGUAAACGUGACAUAAUGACUCAGCCAGUUUACAAAGCAGGGGGGAUGACAUGGCUUAUAUGUGGCAUUCUUGGUAUUUUUGGGUUUUGGUUAUGUUGCUGGAUCCCCUUUGUUGUGGACUCAUGUAAGGAUGCAACACACUAUUGUCCUCAAUGCAGAACAAUUGUUGGCAGCUACAAACCCUUAUAAACUGGCAAUUGGCCUUCAGCAGUGGUGAAGGAACAUUCUUGACUAUGACUACAACUCUUCUACCAUUCGUUUUUUCUCAUUAAGAUAGCAUCUUCCAAGGUAUUGAUUCUAAAAUGAACACUGACACAUAUAAUUUGAAAUGGAAGCAUUAUGAGUGACCAAGAAAUUAUUUUUCAAAGUGUAGUUCACCUAAAUUCAUCACCAAGUCACAUAUCCAAACACCUUCUGCGAAUAGAAAACCUAUGCCAAGGAAUUGUGGAAGGCAGGGAGAUCUUAUCCCGUGAGACAAUGCUUUUAAAUCACCUUGACCCAAAUGGCUUAAGGAUUAUUAUUUGGUGAUAUGGAUUUGGCGAAUCAUUUUUUAACCAAACUACCUUUAUCUGUGGUAAACCUAUUUGCUCUAUUUCCUUUUGGUUAAUUUGUUGAAUAUGGUAAACUUAUAAAAACAGUUACAAAUGAGAUAUUUGCUGGCAAAUUAAUUGCUACAAUAUUAAUUGUUUUAUGUGUAACUUUUGCUGAGAGCAUGUCACAUGAAAUUUGUAUUCAGUAUGUGUAUCCAAUUAAAAUACAAUUUGCAAGA